UGCACACAUCCCAUAUGAUUUUAUUUUGUUUAUCGCGAUAAUAUUGACAUUCACGAUAAAAGUGCAAUGUGCAUCAAUCUGCUGUUACUAUAAACAUUUUUUGAUACAAGGAAGCACCAACAAAUGGCAAAAAGAAUAUUACUAAUCGGUGCCGGUCUAACAUCUGCUGUUAUUGCAAAUGUUUUGAAACGGUCACACAUCUACAAUUCAUCAACAAUCGAGCUCCACAUUUGGGAGAAAGCUCGUGGAGCCGGAGGUAGAUUCUCAACAUCAAGGAGUCCCUGUAAUUCAGAUUGUAUUGCCGAUCUGGGGGCACAGUAUUUAACUCGUACGCCUUCAAAUGUGUUGUCUCAACCGUAUUUUGAAGACUUGAUAGGAAACGGACUGAUUAGCAAGUUUUCUACUGAAAAUAUUCCCGGAUUCCUACAGAAUUCUGUAGUCGACAAAGAAAGUUAUGUGUGUACAAAUGGAACCGCGUCCGUGGUCAAAUAUCUUCUCCGUGAUAUCCCAAAUAUUACUUUCAACAAACGGGUAGCAUCUAUCAGCGUAAUAGACGAUGGGCGAAUAAAAGUCGUUUCCGAAGGUCAAAAGGAAUUCGAUAUUUUCGAUGUAAUUGUCUCUACAAUGCCAGUACCUCAACUACUUCAACUCGGUAACAUCGAUACCAUUCUUCAGUCAUUAGGGAAUCCAGAUAUCAAGGAAAAAUUGGCCCAAGUGUCGUACACAUCGAGAUAUGCAUUGGGUCUAUUUUAUAAUGAAAAAUUGACCAUCGCUCCAUCCGAGUCAUGUAUGAAUUUUGUGGAUGGUGAUGCGAUGGUACGCUACUGGACAUUAGAAGAUGAAAAGAGGCAGUUAGGCCGAGUGAACAAGUCAUUCGAUAACGCUUCUUCUGCCGUAGUUCAUACGUCCGUAACAUUUGGAGCUGAGAAUAUUGAUCGUGACGCGAAAGACGUCCAACAAAUACUAUUGGAGCGUGUCGAAAAAACUUGUAAAUCCUUGCAUGGAGCCGUGCCUGCAUUUGUAAAGUGUCAUAAAUGGAGGUAUUCUCAGGUGAGCAGAGGAUACGAAGGAGCGCCUGGAUUUGUGGUUCUGUCCAAGACACCUUUAAUUUUAGCAGCCGGUGAUGGAUUUAUUCAAUCUGGUUUCGAGAAUUGUGUCUUCUCGGGAGAAGAAACUGCAAAAUACGUAGUGGAGGCGCUAAAAUGAAAUGUUAGAUUUGUGCUUUUUGUUACAUAGAUUGUAUGAGUAAGCACGAGCUACAUAGGUAUAGGAAAUAGAGAAUAUCGUUGGUUUUUGUUGAAAAUGACUU